GUUUCCAUACAAUCCCUAGUAUUUACAUUCAAUACCUAGGUAACAGCAACAAUUUUGUUUAUUUUUUUCUUCUUAAUUCUUUGUACAUGUUUUUUGAGCAUCCUAACAUUAAAAUUCCAGUCGUCCGGGUUCAAUUAGGGUCAUUGAUUUAUUUCAUUUACUUUCUGACAUUCAUACUCAAGUUCUCGCAGCAAUAUUUUGACGUUUAGUACCGAAGCACACUGCAAGCCAUUGGUAAAAUCAUCAAAAUAAUUAAACCAACCAAAUCUCUAGCACCAUGGUAGAUCUGCAUCCUAUUGUCAUUCUACCAUUCGAGCACAAAUUCAAAUCUGUCACCUACACAUGUAGCGGAGAGGGACUGCAUAAAGAUGGCUACUCUUACGAUCCCCACGCUGAAAAACUGCUACCCCCAAAGAGCCCCAAGCCAGGCAAUGCUAAAGGUAUCGAAACAAAGCCAGCAGGAUGGUGGAGAGCUCAAUGCGCUUUUAGAGGGCUAAACCAGUCUGGGUCAAUUGCCGAUUUGCAGUUGAGGUUGAGGGAAGCAAAGGCGAAAAUGAUUCCGGAACUUAAGACUGCAGAAUCCCAACUGAACAAGGACUUUAAGAAACAAAAUAAAAUUGCGAGAGAUAGCGGAUGGAAAUGCUUAAAAACAGCCGAGGAGAAGGCUGAAGCAAAUCCAGAGAAAUACCUUAGUGAAGCAUUUCCGAAAACUGCCACAGGCCGGCCAGCAAAUCUGGAUAUUGUCAUUCUUAAAACUGAACGUCGAGCUGCCUUAGCUGCAGCUGCUGAUAAGAUGGGACUGGAGUCUGUAUCGGUGGAUGCACCUUGGGUCGGCAACGUACGGCCUUCUCCAGAUCGUUGGAUCGUAAUAGGAAGAAGCAGAGAUGCUGUCUGGAAUCAAAUGCGUGAGAUUGAGCGGCGAGAAGCUCGACCUAAAGAAGACGUGCCAAAAGUUAGAGAAAAGCAAACAUCAAAGGUUGGUCCUUCUAAGAUGUUAGCACCACCAAAGUUAUUUGAAUCUGUAAGUUUUAGUUUCUUCCAAUUUCUGAGCUGAGAUUAGACAUUUAGAUAGCUUGCUUUAAAAAGACUUUCAGAUAAGCGCCCUAUUAGGUCAUAUUCGCAUCAGUGUGCAAAUUCAAAGAUACCCCCAUUUUGACUGGCAUGGUUUUGCUUCAUCUUUGUCAUGUUCCACUCCUUCUGCAUUGAGUGGUUUUAUCUAAGGUGUUUGGCUUCCACAAGGUACCAUGCUAUCGUCGAUAGAUUCAUUAUCAUAAAUACAGAGCUAAGUCUUCCUAUCUUAGAAACCUCCUGGAGGUCGAACAAAGCAGACAGCCAGAAAAUUCGCGCCAAGUACAGGGACCCAUGAUAGUUUGUUUGGCGAAACGGAAGCUCAUGCGGCACGCCCAAUUCUACCACUGCCGCGAAAGAGACAGACAGCUAGGGAAAACGCGCCAAGCACAGCCAUUCAUGAUGAUUUGUCUAGCGACAGUAAUUCUCAUUUUACACGCCCAGGACCAGUUACCCCACGACCAGGAAGACAGACAGCUAGAAAGACUGUACCAAGUACUAGCAAUCACGCUAACCUUUUUUCGGAUGGUGAAGAUGGAGAUGAUGCCAAACCGCCAGCUACAAAAAGAGCACGGACGUCAGUCGGCGGUGCCAGAAGUAUUUCAGAUGCUACCAAUUCAGAAGGGACAUGGGAUGUUCGAGGUUCCUAUGUGAUUGAAUGCCCAAAUAUUGAGGACGAGUGGGGAGAAAAAGACUCGGAACUUACUCUUGAUAUUUAUGUCGAGAACAAGAACGGUAGACAACAAAUGUUUGCAAUGUUUCACUUUAUAGUUGUUAAGGUAUUUCGUGAUCAUGUACUCAUUUUUUGUGUCCACCAACUGAUUCAAUCAUUAGGGUAUCAUGCGAUUUGAAAGGCCCAAUCCUAUAUCACGUUCGCAGAAUGGUAAUGGGAAGAGAAAACGGGAAGAUGCUUACAUGGAUGAAGAUGGAGAUAUUUUAAUGAGCGAUAUCCCUCAAUAUGAUGUCAAUGGUAAUAAUCCGAAUAGCUACAGAGAAAGUGCAGUUUUUCUAGGAGCCAACGAUAAACCUUCGGCUCGGCUACCCACUUGGCAGUACCGUUGGCGUGGGGAGGAGACUGGUGAAGGAGAAAUUCAGCUUGGCUCUGAUAAAACAUUGGAAAGCAUCACUUUUAACGAUAAGGAAAAGUCGCUUUCUGGCACGUUCACGUGUGAUUUUGCCGGAAAAUGUACUUUCACAGGGCUUAAAGUAAUGUAUCGACCACAAGAAUCACGCAUCGACCCCGAGGUAGAAUGGGCAGAUCGCAGUGAGGCUGCUUAUGAAGAUGCCCGUCAAGCAAGGUGGAGAUGAGGUGAUUGUAACGACGGUACCAUUCAAAUUUCGGUAAGAUAUUGCUACUAUGCGAUAGCUUGCAGAAAUAUUGAACGUAUAAGAGACAUUGCAAGGUCUUCAGGCAUUAGAUUUUUGUGCAUAGCAUAUUAUCAGCAUUCGACCGGUGUUCCCGCAACGUUCUUCAGCUGAUGUAUUAGCAACGCUUUGGCACAAUAUUACAAAAAGGGGAUCCCGCGUACUGUCGCAACAUCGCACAAGCACUUUUAACAUCCCACCAUUGAAAUUGAAAGCGACGCUUACUGGAUGAAGGACUUUUGUAUAUCCUCCCUAGUACCCGGUAGAUAAUUAGAUCUCGUAGUCAAGUUGUCAAGCCGGACAACAGCCAAAAUGAUGUUAUUUUAAAAGUUGCAGAUAGACAGAAGUGGACCAACCGAGAAAUGACACAAUUACCGAGUUGUAGAUCAUUAGCUGCAGGGGUUCUCGUGGAAAUAACGUGGUUAUUGGUGAUUUGAAAUAAUCACUAAGAUUGAAUCGGGUGAGGUUUGUGUUAUUAGUAGGUACGGGGCAGGGACUGUACAGAGUACUUGUGAAGUUGUAAGUGGAUAGUGGAUAGUGAGUGAGUGGAUAGUGAGUGAGUGGAUAGUGAGUGAGGUUAAAAUAACUUACGAUGGGUGUACUGUUGUACUUGGUUUAG